AAGUGUUUUGACUAGUAUUAACGUUGUAUAAUACUAAUAACAUGUUAUUGAAAUGUGUAUUUUUCCAUUUUGCAGUGUUACUGGUGUACUUCUCUGAAAAUAUAAACGAACUUGCAGCCAAUAACUGGAGGAUAUUCUCAAAACAACAGUAUUUUGACAGUAAAGGACUGUUCAUAUCGAUAGUAUUCUCGGUACCAAUCCUGCUCAAUUGCAUGAUCAUGAUU